AUGGCAGGAGGCGAGUCAAACGGCGGCGACACAGCAAGCGGAGGGGCUAGCGCGUUCCGUGGAAGCGGGAAGGUGUUGAGAUCCCCAGUGUUGAACCAGGCGGCUGCUUCGAGUCAGCAGAUAGGAGUCAUUGGAGGGGAAACUCCCAAGUCAUCCGUAUUGAACUUCGCCGGCGGUACCCCUCAGGAUGGAGUCCUGCUCGGAAGGACCGCGUUGCAGGAGGUCAGAAGGAGGGUUAACGAGCUCUUUGAAUUCAUCAAGGACAGAAACAACGUCCACACCAGAAUCAAGCAGAUGGUGAAUGGAGUCAAGGCAGCCAUGAUUGCUGCAGAGCGCGAAAACAGUUCGCUGGUGGUGACGAGAACUUCACUGAAGCUGAGAGCUGAAAGAGCCGUAGAAGCGCUGGAGGCAAAACUGGAGGAGGAAGCGGAGCGUAACAAAGGCGAGGCUUUAGUGGUCGAGGUGAAGGAAGGUGUUUCGUACGCAGACCUCCUCGGGAAAGUACGAACCGAUCCGGAACUCGAGGAGCUUGGCGAGAACGUGGUUAAAACCAGGCGCACCCAGACCGGCGCGAUGCUUUUUGAGCUGAAAAAUGAUCCCGCGGUCAAGAGCUCAGCUUUUAAGUCCCUCGUCGAGAAAGCCGUAGGCUACGAGUCGAAGGUGAGGGCGCUAUUGCCGGAGACAACGAUCGAGUGCAGGAACCUGGACAAGAUCACGACGGAGGAAGAGCUAGAAGAUGCGCUGAUCGUUCUUCUGGAUGACCGUACGACACCGAUGGCAAUCCGGUUGAGGAAAGCCUACGGCGGCACGCAAAUUGCGUCGAUCCGACUAUCGACGCCUGCGGCGUCUAAGCUGCUGGAAGCCGGCAAGGUCAAAAUGGUUAGUAACCACAAAAAGGUGCAGCAGGCCCAGAUACACGUUGGGGAACACGUAGUGCACUCGAAGAGAGCGCUCAAGUACCUCGGGGUGAUGGUGGAUGACCGGCUGAACUUCAACAGCCACGUCGAUUACGCCUGCGAGAAGGCGGCGAAGGCGAUCAUGGCACUGUCGAGGAUUAUGCCGAACAACGCUGGACCCAGAAGCAGUAGGCGCCGUCUCUUGGCAAGUGUCGCGACGUCCAUACUUAGGUACGGCGGACCGGUAUGGUGGACGGCGCUGGGGACGAAGCGAAAUCGAGCGCUGCUCGACAGAACGCAGAGACUGAUGGCCAUACGGGUUGCAAGCGCAUACAGGACCAUCUCGUCGGAAGCAGUUGGCGUCAUAGCCGGAAUGAUCCCCAUCGGCAUCACACUGGAGGAGGACACCGUGCGCUACACCCGAAGAGGCACGAGAGGUAUCCGGGAAGCUGCGAGAGCCGAAUCGCUGGCAAGGUGGCAACGUGAGUGGGACACUACGGAGAAAGGCAGAUGGACGCAUCGGCUUAUCCCGUCCGUAUCCACGUGGGUGAGCAGAAGGCAUGGAGAGGUCACCUUCCACCUCACACAGUUCCUGUCGGGCCAUGGCUGCUUCAGGAAGUAUCUGCACAGGUUUGGACAUGCAGAGUCUCCUCUCUGUUCGGACUGCGUUGAUUGCGAGAAAACACCGGAGCACGUGGUGUUUGGCUGCCCUCGCUUCGAGGCAGCGCGAAGCGAAAUGCUUGCCAUUAUCGGAGCGGACACCAGCUCGGAUAAUGUGAUGCAAAGAAUGUGCAGCGACAUCGCCAAGUGGAAUGCGGUCGUCGGAGCGGUGACGCAGAUCACUUCGGCUCUCCAGCGGAAAUGGAGAGACGAUCAGAGGAGGAACGACUAGGAGCCUAGUCGAAAACCCACGAGUUUGGCUGUGAAGGAGAGCACGUUAUGAUGGUCGGCUCUACCAAAAUCGGUACACGUCUCGAUGGUCACAGGAGUCGAGAACCCACAAGUGUGGCUGUGAAGGAGAGUACGUUUUGACGGUUGGCUCUACCAAAUCGUCUCGAUGGUCCAAGGAGAGGGCUGCAUAUGACUAGCCGAUCAAAAGCAACGCGAUUCUUGGGCGCGGUUAAACCCUCGCAUGGACUCAUAUGUAUGUAGAACAGGAAAUGGUUCUAGUACCCGGCAUGGAUCCUGUAACUAGUGCGGAAAAUGCAACGCCUCCCCCCCGAAGUUAUACCGGAAGGUGGUCCCGGGAGGAAAAGGGCAAGGCGUUCAAGGACUGGUUUAGUGGUAAUCUUUUUUUUUGUUUCCCAACCCCACACUACCUGAGAAAUGAAUUCUCAGGUGUCUUGUAGCAGAUUCCGACCUUGUAAAAAAAAACACACACACACACACACACACAUACACACACACACACUAGAACUCAAACCGAGCUGUUUAUUGUCACAUCAUAGCAACUGUGCUGAAAGCACCUUAGGGAGCUUUCUUUUAUUACGUAACACAGAAAGGGGGGGGGGGUCGAAGGAUGUGUUGCGAU